AUGGCUCAAGCACUGCGCAAGAAGGCGUCCGUAUCUGGCACGAGGGGGCAAGGAGGCGACAACGCAGACAAGAUCGCAGAGCGCACACCCCUAUCGUGCAUUCUAAUUGGCUCCGAAGCUCUGGAUCGUGGUGAUCUCCCUGAGACCGUUGCUGCAAUGAGGCGAGCCACAGCCAUCCCUGAGCCCGUAUAUGAGUUCUCGCAAUGCUAUUCAACCCAUCAGCUCUGGGGCGAAUUCUACAUCCCUUUGCCGCGGAGACCUCCACCAGCAUCAUUCGCAUUCGCUCCGCCCAACCCUAUAUUUCGCCGAUCACGCACGAUGGGCUCCCAAGACCACGCCAGUGCACGCCGAGGCCGUCAGCCGUGGGAGCAGAUGGCGCAGACGUACGCGUGGGUACUCGAGCAGGACUUCGCCGACAUGGCGCUCAAGAACGAAGAGACGGUGCAGUGGAUCCGGAAGCAGCAGGAGCGCGACCUACGCCGGGAGCAGAUGUCGCGCACGGCCCGUGCUGCGUGCGGGGCGCGCGAGCUCAUGGAGUUCGUUGACGGCUUCGUUGUCGAGGUCGACGGGUGCCGCCGGAUCGAGGAGACGUGGCGCGCAGCAAUGCAGUGGCACGCGGAGGCGGAAAAGAUGGUGCAGGACGAGGUCCGGCGGCUGCAGGAGGCGCGCGCGGAGGCGGAGCGCUGCAGGCUGGCGUAUCAGCGCCGCAACGCGGAGGACGAGGCUCGGGAGGCGCGGCGCAGAGAGAGGGAGCGCGAGCGUGCGCGGAUAGCCCGGGGGGAGGUGGAAAAGAAGGCGUGGCAGGCGUACGAGAAACGAUGGGCAGCGAUCGCGACGAGCACAGGCCCGUCGGCGCAAGAACAGCUUACCUUUGAAUCCAUACCCUGGCCGAUGGUGUCGCAGCCGCAUAAGGUGGAGGAUAUCACUCCGGCACGGAUGGCGAUGUUCCUCUUGUCCCCUAUGCAUUCGGAGGGGCAGUCGAAGAAGGAGAGGGUGCGGGCUGCGUUGCGGCGGUGGCACCCCGACCGCUUCGGGAGGACACUUGGCAGAGUCAACGAUCAAGACAGGGUUGCUGUUGAACGGGGUGCCGGCAUCAUCAUCUGCCAGGAAUGGCCUUACAAUACUCGCCUCGGGCACGAAGGCAUUAACAGUGUUCUGUCAGGGACAGAGCCAAAUGUACAGUACUAG